AUGGCGUCGACAUGUGUGGCUAAUUUCAAGGCAUGUGUUGCACAGUUGUAUGCCUCCAACUGUACUGAAUUAAAUGACAGUUCAACUUAUUUGGUUCCUUUAUUUACAUCCAUCGAGAAGGUAUUUGAACAAGGGCUUAAGGAAUUCCCUUCACUGUUUGGUGAAUCCCAACAGUACUGCUGGAAUGUUUUUGAAAAGCUUACAAAGUGCAAUAAAGAGUUUAACUAUGAUGUCCCGUAUUCAUUAUCUGCGACGCUUGAUAAAGUCAAUGAAUGUAAAAGAGUUAAAACGGCCGUUGGCAAAGGGCGAUUGUUCUUGCGGAUUUUAGCAAAAAAUGGUAGUCUCGGGGACCUGGUUUUUCUGCUCAAGGAAAACAAACCCUUUCUGCUUGAAUUCUAUGAACGCUCAAAAGCUAUAUUAACGAAUGAUGUGCAGUGUCAAAUAUUUUACUCUUUUGUUGCUGAUUUCACUCGGAUGAAGUUUGAACUGAAUAUAGACAGUGCCGAUUUUCUUGACGCCACUUGGGAAAUACCGGUUUACAUGACAAAGGAUUUUGUACCCUGUAGCCAUCUCGGUAUUCGAGUUCGAUUCUUGGACUCGUAUUAUAUAGUUACUGAGCUCCAGAAAGAAUUUUAUGACAACGAAGGAGGAUUUUUCGAACUGGGUGAUGUAAUUACUAGCUUGGCAGGAAAUAUACUUCGGGGCAAAGUAGUUGACCUUCAAAAGAUCUUCACCCGAGAAUGUCGGACAUUGCUACCUUUUGAGAUAGCAAAGAUUCGGGCUCCGGAUGGAACUUAUUUUAAGCCGAUUCUUAAUAUUCUGAAAAAACGAGGAUAUGAAAAUAUAUUGAAUUUGGAUGAAAAAUCUGGUACAAAGGCCAAGCUCUCAGCAUGGCCUGACACUGAGUCCCUUGACCUAUCGGCUUGCUAUGCAACUCUGGGGGAAGGUGUAAUAGAUGGCGUUGGAGAAGCGCCUUCGUCAGUCACCGAAAUCAUCCACUCAGUGCGCUAUGUUGGGAGCAUGAAUGUGGGCUCUCGUGGUAACAUGAGCCACAUCUCCGAGGUCAUCGAGUCCGUGCUUGCUAAGAACCCCUCUCCCUCGCACUUCAUGCCGGUCCGUGUGCGACUGGGUGAACUCGACAUAUCCGUAUGGCCAGUGAGAUCGGGCGCUACUCAAAACGACGUUCAGAGUGAACCAUUCCUCAAACAUGCCUAUCCCAGCAUCUCAGCUGUGGGACCCAGGAAGCAAGCCCCGCGCUACUUUGGCUACAUCGCCGGCAACAGUACCUGCGCUGUGGCCACUAGUUUCAGUGCGUAUGUUUUCCUCUGUGUCAGCAGAGCCGAGGCCUCCAGAAUUGUCAAAGGGAUCUCCAACGGAUUUAAGCGAACCAACUGGACCAUGUGA